CUUUUGUCAAAAACCCGGAAGACGUGUCGGGCAGGCGCAGUGGCUUCUGCUUGGUUUUAGCAGACAUCUCAGUCCGAAUAAUCACGAAGUUGGCCAAUAACUGCCAUAUUUAUGUCUUUACUCGCGUAGAAGCGAGAUGUUUAAAAAUUUGAAGAAUAAGAUUGAGCAAACGGUAGCUCAGUUGCCUCUGAGGAAUGCCGUGACGGGAACGUUAAAGACUGAUGAGGAAGGCACUCCAGGAAAACCGCUGGCGGAGAGCACACCUCAGAAAGGCAAUGGUCAGGAUAAUGGUGGGGCAGGGGAUGGCCCCGCCCUGCUGGAUCUGAGUGGGCAAGAUGGGGCAGUGGCAUCCCCUACUCAGGGGGCUGUCGCUACGGGACAGUUGGUGGAGAUCCCCCUGGAGACCACCAACAAUGACAGUCAUUAUGAGACUGCCUCAGACUUUGGUUCCGUCCAGGGCGAUGAUACCCCGAGAGUCUCAAGGUCAAGGACGUCGUCCAUCAGCUCUGUCGCCAGUGAUAGCUCCUUCUUCACUAAUGUCAGCUUCUCACAUCAGCACUACGUUCCGUCAGACAUUGAGAGCGAGAUCGAGGAGACGUCUGUCAACCUUGAUGCCAUUAGCAAGGAGGAACUGUACACUUACGUCAAGAAGUACGAGAGACGGGUGAUCAAAUACAAGACAAAAUACAUGGAGCUGGCAACUGUUUACAAGGAAUCCAUGCAGGACAGAGAGAAAGUGAAGAAAACCCUGGCCCAGUCGCAGGACCGAGCGUUCCGACGGAUCUCGGAGCUGAAGGAGCAGAUACAGCUAGACCAGCUGGCCAAACGGGACCUGGAGCAGAACUACAGACUCCUCCUGGAAGAGAAGGAGGAGUUCGUUAAGGUGCUUCAGAUGCAGGUGAAGUUGUUAAAAGAAGGCAAGGAGAUCCCACCAGAGCUGCAAGAAAAACUCUCCCCCAAGACAAGUGCAGCUGCUGUCCCCCCUAGUUCCCCCAACACGCCUGGGGCAACGGAUGAAGUGACCAUACUGAAGAAGAAGAUGAAUCGCCUGGAGGGUUUGUUGACUCGGUAGGAAACCAUCAAGUCUGGCAAAGAAAAGAACCUGGUCCUGGCUACAGAGAAGGAGGACCUGGAGAGGAAGAUGGAGGACUUGCAGAAGGAAAAUGAGAGAAUCAAGACUGGCGGAGGAGCGGCCCCAGACGUGACGAAGCUUCAGAGUCAGAUAAAGCAGGCACGGAAGCUGAUUCAGCAGCUGGAAACAGACCGUGAGCUGGCCAUUGCAGAGGUCAAGAAACAGGUGCAUGAGGAGCUAGAGAGGAAGGAUGAGGAACUCAGGGAGGUCAAAGGUCAGGCACAGGUGUGGCAGGUGGAGAACACCGAGCUGAAGGAGAAGACUGAGAAGCUGGAGAAGCAAGUGCAAGAGCAGCUGGAGAAAUCAAGGGAGAUAAUCCGUAGGUUGAAGGAUGAGAAGGUACAGCUGAAGACUGACAUGCAGGAGAGACUGGAGGUCGCUGAGCAGAGUCUGGAGGAGGAGAAAGAGACGCUGGUCCAGGAGCUGUCCCGGGGGAAGGCAGCGGCCAUCUCACUCAUGCAGCAAGAGACGGAGAAGGUGACCCUGGAGAAGAUCGAGGCCAGUGUAGGAGAGAGGGAUGGCAUCUGGCAACAAAAGAUGGCUGACCAAGAAAAGGCCCACCAGGAGGUGCUGGAUGUCAAGGAGAGGGAGAAGGAGUUGGCAGUGAUGCAGCUGCAGGAAGAUUUGCGGAGGAGGCUGGAUGAGAAGGAGGAGGAGAUGCGACUGGCGGUGGAGGAGCGGGAGCUCCAGAAGAUGGCCACUGUCUCCGAGAUCGACACCCAGAAAGACCAGCUGCACCUCCAGAUCGACAGACUCAACUCAGAGAAGAUUGAGCUGGAGAACCAGGUGAGCAAGCUCCAGGACGACAUGGCAGCCGCAGCAGCCAACUUCAUUCAGCAGAUGGAGGAAAUGACAAGGAAGCAUAACCAGGCCCUGGCAGGCUCGAACACAGAACUGGAGGCAUACUACCAGGCCCAGCUGCAGACAGUGAAGGAUCAGCAGGAACAGCUUCUCCAGGACAAGAAGACGGAACUGGAAUCCCUGGAGCAGGACCUGAAGGAGGUCAAGGCCGCCAUGGAGGAGAAGGAGUGUGAGCUGGAGGGAAGGACCGGUGACUACGAGAAACAGAUCGCCAAGCUGCAGACUGACCUUGUUGAAAAGGAGGAGGAGAAUGUGAAGGUUAAGAAAGAACUUGAGAAUGUUCGACUCGAAAUAUCCAAGUUGCAGUCCGCGGUUGAUGCUUUGGAGUUAAGUAAGAAGGAGCUUGAAGAGAGUAGUGUGAGGUUAAAGGAUGACCGAAAAACAGACUUACUAAAUCAGAUUGAAAGUAAAAAUCAGGAACUUGCAAGUUUGCAUCAUCAAAUAGAUGCACUGCAGAGUGAGAAAGGACAGCUAGUUGAAGAGUUCAAACAAAAACUGGAUGAAUCUGAGUCCGAAAAGCAGCAGACGUCAGAAGUUGUUACAGCAUCUCAGUCACAACUGCAGACCAUUGAGAAUCGGGUUCGAGAGUUGGAGGAGGAGGUUGUGAAGAAGGAUGAGCAGUUGAAACAGCUAGAGGCUGACAAAGAGUUGAUCCUUCUGGAACGAAGUGACAUCGAAGCUCGAGGCUCCGAGAAGGAUGUGUACAUCGGGCAGCUUAAGGAGACAGUGAAGACACUGGAGGAGUGUCAAGCUGAUAUUGAGAAGGAGAAAGCAAACAUGGAAGAUAAACUUACAUCACUAGAAUCUGUUUUGGAACAACUGGGUAAAGCAAAAAACGAGUUGGCAGAAAAGUUGGAGGAGAGUAAACAGACCUUUAGCCAACAGGCUUCUGAAGAGAAGGAGGUCUUGGAGGGAAGAAUUGCUGCACUAGAGAAGGAUCUCACUGAAUAUGUCCAGAAGUUAGUAGACUCUGAGAAGACAUUAAGUUCAAAGGAUGAUGAAAUUCUAGCACUGAGAACAGUCAUUGAUGACAACACAGGAUUUGUCAAAUCUUUGGAAGACAAGCAAGGAGAAACAGUAAAGACUGUCCUCAAGAAGGAUGAAGACAUUAAGACCAUGGAAGGAAAGCUUGCUCAGAAUGUGGAGAAGUUCAAUCAGCUGAGAGCUGAGGCAAAGGGGAAGAUCAAGGAGCUGAAGGAGUCUGCAGACCAGACGAAACAGAAACAUCAGGAGGAGAAUGCCCAGAAGCAGAAGGAAUGGGAGGAGAAAGUGAAUAUGAUGAACAUUGACAAGACAAACAUGGAGAAGCAGUACACCAACCAGAUCCAGUCCUUGGAGCAAAGGCUGGCUGCAGAGAAGGAAAACAUGCUGAAGUUGGAGGAUGGCUUCCGGAAACAAUUUGAGGAGAAGCAGGCCAAGUUCAAGGAGACCAUGGGCAAGAUCAAGGAAAGGUUUGAGGAGAAGCUAAGGGAGAAGGAUGCAGAAGUUGAAACCAAGAUCCAGGAGCUCACUCAGCAGAAGGAACUUGGGAUGGAAGACGUCACCAAGAGCCUUGAGGACAUGCGUGAGCAACAGCUCAGGGACCAAGCGGAGCGCCACCAAACUGCCAUUCAGGAAGUAGUCGAGGAGUGGAAAUGUAAACUUCAAACUGUUCAGGAUGAAUUUGAUUCAAAGUUUCAAAGGAGCUCUGAGGAGAAUGAGCAAAAGAAAAGUGAACUUGAAUCCAUACAUUCCUCCAAACUGACAGAAAUGUCAGAGUCAUUUGAGGCACAGGUAAAGUCUCUUCAGGAAGAAAUUGAGAGGCAUAGGACAGAACUUGCUGAUCUUAAUUCAGAGAGAGAUGAAAAGAUGCAGGAGCUGUUGGAGUUAAGACAACGGUUGAAUGAGAAAGAAACUAGGAUCAGCAACCUGAUGUUGGCUCUGGAAACAGAGAAACAGUCAGGCCAGAGUGCGUGUGAAUCAACUGUGAGUGAGUAUAAAGGGAAAAUUAGUCAGAUGGAAUCUGUGAUUAGUGAACUCAAUGAAAAACUAUCUGAGGUUCAGGAAAAACAUACGCAAGAAAUUCAAGAGAAGGAUGUUCAGCUCCAGGAUCAUCAAGGGCGGGUAACUAUGCUCCAGACAGAGAACUCUUCAAUGGAGGAGAUGCUUAAAGCACUCAAUGAAACUGCUCAGAAUAAAGAUGACCAAAUACAGUCUUUGAGUGAAGAAUGUGAAUCUUUGAAAUCUGGACAGGUUCAAGUUCAGGAAGUUACACUACAGUUGUCAGAACUGGAGAAUAAUUUCAAGAACUUGCAACAAGACAAGGCUGCUCAGGAGGCGGCAGCCGAACACUUGAAGGAGGAACAUUCAAGGAUCGUGCAAGAUUAUGAAACUCGGAUUUCUGAAAUGGUUGCAAAUGAUGGUGAACUACAAAUAAGAUUAAAAGAACUUAAUGGCAAAGUGUCCAGUACAGAGGAGAGAUUGCAGGAAUGUAUUCAGAGUUAUGAGAGUCAGCUCGAGGAGUAUCGCGGAAAGUUAGAGCGACAGGAAGUUGCAGUCAAAGAGGAGGUAACUCUUCUAAAGCAGCAGUUGCACGAUGUGCAGAACAAUGCACAGUUGACUUCAGCAGAGUUGCAGACAUCUCUGCAGCAAAAAGUCCAGGAAAAUGAACAGAAAUUUGUAGACCAGGCAGCUAAACAUCGAGAUAUGGAAACAGUUGAGACAUCAUGGAAAGGGAAGAUGAAGGAGAUUAAACAGAAAUAUGUAGCCAAACUCAAGGAGAUUCAGGAACAAAAUAAGGGGAAGGUUGCUGACCUGGAGGACAGGUUGAAGAAGGAGGUAAAGAAUAAAGGGGAAGUAUCCUCAGAGUUGUCCCAUGCAAAUACACGUCUGCUGCAACUUCAAGAAGCUGGAGGGACUUCUAAGGAUACCAUUAUUGAUCUUGAACGAAAACUGGAUGAGAUGUCAAAGACUUUGAAUGAUAAGGAAAACGAGCUUGAAACAGUGAGACAGAGUUUAUUGUCAACUGAGAACCGAGUUCAGGAAGUGUCAUCUGAGAAGGAUCAAUUGAGCCAAGAAAUCUUGCAGGUUACUUCAUCCCUGCAGGUAAAAGAUGAAGAGAUAAUGAAACUGAAGAGAGACGCGGAAGAGAAAGAAAACCUUGUGAAGGAAAUUGAACAUAGUCAACAGUCUUCCUGUGAUGAACUGAGUCAAAAGGUUGUUGAAAAACAGAAAUCUAUUUCAGAGAAAGAAUCAGUGAUACAAACGCUUGAAGAUUCUCUUAAGCAGGGUGAGGCAACAGUUGCCAACCUUGAGGCAGAGAAUCAACAGCUGAAACAAAGUGUUUCAGAUUUCCAACAGAAAUGUACAGAACUGACUUCCACGUUAGAGACUUUACGACAGAGUGAACAAGCCACAGGAGAGUCCGAAGCGAAGUUGAAUGAAAGUUUAGUGGAGAGAGAACGAUUGAAAGAAGAGAGUGACAAACAGCUGAAGGAAUUGGCUGACAAACACAGUGAGGAAAUCAAACAGUACAGCUCAAAACAAGAUACAGAAAAUAAUUCCAAAGUUUCAGAAUACAAGAAAAAGGCAGAAACUUACCUGGCUCAGAUGAAAAAGCAGAUGAUUGAGGAGAAGGAAGAAGUAACAGCCAGAGCUAAAGAAAAAAUAUCUUCUUUACAAACUGUUAUUGAAAAUUUGAAAAUAACUCUUGAUGAAGAGAAGUCUGAGAAACAAAAUGCCUCGAAAGAGUUCUUGAAGCAGACAGAACAGUUAGAAUCCUCCCAUCUCAAAGUAGUGCAAGAAAAAGAUAAGGAAAUUGAAGAAACAGUUCAAAAACUUGAAAUGUCAGAUAAAAUGAAAAGUGAAUUGAUGACAAAUAUUGAACAGUUGAACUCUGAAAAUAACACACUGAGUGACAAAAUGUCUGCAAAUUUGAAAGAAAAGGGUGAAAUGAAAACUGAACUUGAAGGUCAAAUCAAAAAGUUGGAAUCACAAAUCAAGAAACUGGAAAAGAAGUUACAGCUGUUAAGGAAGGAGAAAGAGGAAGAGAUUGAUUCAAUGACAAAGUUACAUUCACAUGAGGUUGAAAAGAUGGAAAAGGAUAAACUUGAAGAACACAGGUCUAUUGAGGAAGAUCACGCUGUGAAGAUCAAACAGCUUGUGAGAGAGUUCAACACCAAGUUAGCUGAAAAAGAGAAUUUGUUUGAAGAAUCACUCAACGAAGCUGUCAACAAGAGUCACCGUGGAGAGCAGCAGAUCGUCCACGAGCAUCAUGAGCAGGUUGAGGAGCUGUACAAGGAUAUCCAUGAAGCUCAGGAGAGGCAUGAGCAGAUGCAGCAGGAACAUGAGGAGGCCUUGCAGGAACGAGAAAGAGAGAUGACUGAACAAUUGACAGCCCUGCAGUCAGAGUUAUCCGCCCUUAAAGAACAGCACCAGGUGGAGCUGUCAGAAAUGGAAGAGAGGUUAAAAAAGUCAUAUGAGAAGACUCUUCAAGAUCGGAAACUCCAUAAAGAGGAAGUCUCAGCUCUGACCCAAGAAUGGAACCAUGAAAGAAAGGAACUGGUGCAGCAGAACCAGCUGGCCUUGACAGCGAUCCAGAGCGGCUCCUCCAGCGGUGACCUGCUCAGGCAGCAGAUCAUCCUGCUCAACAAGCAGAUGGAGGACCUGAGAGAAAAACACAAGCUGGAACUAGCGGAACUAGCAGCACAGGCAGAGAUGAGCCAUCUCCACAAGCCACUGGUGGCACCCCCUAAGAUCAAGUCUCUAGACAUCACAGACCCCAACCUCCCAGCUGAGGUGCAGAAUCUGGAGCUCUAUAAUGAAGACCUGCAGGCCCAGGUCUCCCAUCUCAACAAUGAGCUGUCACACACUCGGCUGAGGGAGAAGGAACUACACCAAAGAAUCGACAUCCUGGAACAUCGGCUCCAGAACCCCCACGGUGACGACACCCCUCCUCUCAGCCCUGCGGGUUCCUACUCCUCCGACGGACCUCUGUUGCGGGAACCCACAGAGUUUGAGUAUUUGAGAAACAUCCUCUACGAAUACAUGAUGGGGAAAGAAACAAAGACUCUUGCCAAAGUUAUUGCUACGGUUGUGAAAUUCUCUGAUGAACAAACUCAUAAUAUUAUUGCAAGAAAUGAAGGAAAACUUGCUUCAUGGCUGUCUCCGUGAGGUCAUCCGAGUUGUUGUUUUGUGACAGGCAGCGCUCCUCAUCCCAAUAUCUGUGAUAUACACAUCGUAUGCAUGGAGAACCACCUCAAUACCGGCAGUACAGCUACUGUACACUCGCCAGACAUCUGUGAUUGUCUGUACUGGGCGUCUGUGAUGGUGUGUUGAUGUCUGCUGUAGACUGGCCAGACGAUGACAUCUGUGAUUGUCUGUGAUGGUGUGUUGACUGGCCAGACAAUGACAUCUGUGAUUGUCUGUGAUGGUGUGUUGACGUCUGCUGUAGACUGGCCAGACGAUGACAUCUGUGAUUGUCUGUGAUGGUGUAUUGACGUCUGCUGUAGACUGGCCACACGAUGACAUCUGUGAUUGUCUGUGAUGGUGUGUUGACGUCUGCUGUAGACUGGCCACACGAUGACAUCUGUGAUUGUCUGUUCUUGUUAAAUAUGUUGGUCAUCUGCUGUAAAAUAGUGUGUCAGAUGGCAUCUGUGAAUGUGUGUGUUAAUCAUCUGCCAGUCCAAUGAUGGGUGACUGUGUGCAUUGAAAUUUGAUCAUCUGUGAUUGAUUGUAUUGAUCAAUCUGUUAGCGACUGUUGAUCAAUGGCUAUGUAGAAUUAAUUAUUAAUGACUCAUUAAUUACCAGACGAUUAGGUACUCAUGGUUAUGUUGCUAUGACCAUCUGGACAUCUGAAUAUAUAAGCAUUACAUCUGCACAUCUGGCCAGAGUCUCCAGACUCAGUAAGCUCAUAUAAACUGUCCACCCAGUUAUAAUUUCUGCUUAAACAUCUCCAAAACAACUGACAUAAUCAAAGGGAAAGAAGUCAACCAAGCACAACAAUGAAAUUGGUACCUGCUAUAUCUGGAGUAAUUACACUGUGAACUUAGUAUGUUUGCAUCAAGUUAUUGAGAAAACAUAUUGGAAAAUGGGUACAUUUAAUAUUUCAGUGAGCACCAUAAAAGAAAUUCAUGUUCCAAAUAUAUCUUUACAAAUUCAUUCUGACCAUGAAUGUUUCUUGACAAAAGGUUAAAGGUGCAGCAAUCUGUUACACGUAUAGUUAUAUCUGAAACUAUGGUAAUAGUGUUCUGAAAAAUUCCUUGCCAAAACUUAGCAGUGUAUCAAAAUUGUCAAACAAUUAUUGCUGUAUUUUACCAUUGCUUGCAUAUACUGUAUUCUCCAUAUUUAAAAUCCUAUCAUAAUUAUCAUCCCCACCAAUUUCAAAACCAGCUUGUAUUGAAUUUACGCAAGUGCCGAAGAUCAAUUUUAUUUCUAAUACAGACGUAUUUGUUGAAAAGAGCUGUGUUCAGUGUGCGAAAUAGCCACUGACCCGCUAGCCCGUGGCUAGUAAAAAUCCAGUCUGGCCAUUAAAUCUCAACAGUCCCUGGCCUGACUGGCUAGUGAAUUUUAUGGGGUCAUUUGUUUUUGAUUGUAUUUUACCUUUUUGUAAUCCUUUUCUUAGUUUCUACAUUAAAAUUUCAGGUUAGUGAAUUAUUUUGUGGGCUAGUACCGGUAACUUUUGGGCAUGGUUAACACGACUGGCUAGUAUAAUGGAAACUAUUUCGCACACUGGCUGUGUGCAAGUUGUAUAUAAAACCUGGCAAGUACUACCAAAUUAAUGUUUCUCUGAUGUUUGCACUGUUUCCUAUUGCUGCAUCAACUAACAGCAAUCCUGUCAGGUUUGGAUAAGUGCCCACCCUUUGUGAAUAUUCUGAGCACCAGCAGGCUUACAGAGAAUGAGGUAAUUCAGUUUGUCUUGUAUGAUGUUGAUAGAUGUCAUAUUUACAGGGUAUUGGAGUCAUUUAUAACUGGAGUCAUAUAUUUACGUAAUAUAUUCAGAUAUGUACAAAUAUGGUUCAUACCUGGUGUUGACAUGUCCAUACUUUCAUCGAUUCCCGCUUGGGAUGGGAUGAGUAUGAAUAAGCCUUAAGUGUUGCUGGGUUUAGGGAUUUUAUUAGUUGUUAUGACAUGAUUAUUUUUUAGGGAAAGUAGAUUCAAAUUAAGUUUGAACAAAGCCCCAUAUUUGUGAAAGAUGUUAAGUUUUAGCUCACCAGUAUCCAAAUCGGCAUCAUCAGAGAUGAAAUAAACUGAUCAUCUUUAUCAUU